CCCCCUUUUAACGACUACGCUGGCAUGCGUAAAGCCGUGCGUAAUUUGUGCGUAAAGUUCAGUCCUUCAGUCGCCGCAGUGCAAAAUGAAGAUAUCACUGCAUUAUUUAUGAUCCUCACAACUUUUAUAGGGACAAUAUGCAUACUCUUGCGUGGCAGUCUGUUUUGUUGGCGCAUAAUCGGAGUGGGGAAAUUGCUGUUUCAUAGCCGCGCAGCCUUUGUUCGCCGGGACAAAAGAAAGGCGACUGUAUAUCUGGAUCAACUUUUUUACGAGUUUUAUUGUACAAUAACCUUUGCAUAACAACUAUUUUUCUCAAGCGUCGCCCGAGGCAGUGCGCCUGCGCGCUGGCUGCUUGCUGUCACUAAGACAUUUUUCUUCACGUUGGAAACUGUCACUGGUGACGUCAAUCACGGAGCUCUGACCAAUUAGAGCGCAGGGUGAUUGUUUAGCUCCACGGGCUGCAGCGCCUACCAUGAAUCUCUAUUCAGUAUCAAAGCGUCCUGCUGCUGCCUCUCAACCGAAUGGGAUUCCAUGUAGUCUGCAGAUAGACUUAACUUUAUAAAGUUUUUUUUUUCUUUAUUUUUCAUUGCGAUUAAAAUAUAUUUGUCAUCAUCAUUAUUAUUUUGCCUGCUGUCAAGUUAUUCUAAAAUUAGGAAGUAAUGAGCGUGGAUGCAUUGGGAAGCCCCGUGAUGGACCCUACGUUUUCCAAACGGAACACGGCGCUGAGAUUAGUUGACUUGGCAGGGGCUCACCACCAUCACCAUCAUCACCACCAUACCCCUCAGAGCGUGACAGGCUUCCCGGGGUUCAGCAGCCAUCCACACUCAAUGGCUCACUCGCACCCUGGGGAGAUUACUGCGGAACCCCGCCUGGGGCCGAGUCCAUUCGGGCCAGAACACAUGGGGCACUCCGCGGCCCUCAAAAUCAGCCCAGCCCAUCAUUAUCCCCACCACCAUCACCACCACCACAAUCAUCAUAUGGCAGGCCACAGUGAAGUGGUCUCCAGUCAAACGGGAGCUUUUGGCCCGGUUCAGGCGACGCCGGUCCCUUAUUCUAUGUCUCACACGGCCCAGGCUCUAUCCGCAGGUAGGGAUUUCCUCAUCCGGAGAGAUCUGACAGCUCAAGCCAUGCCAGUACUGACUGACCAGCCUGCAGGUUCAGCCUCUCACCACGGAAUGUUUGUUUCAACAACAGGUAGCUAUCCCGGACACUAUGGUCAUCACCCCGACGCUGGGAACCAUACUCUUUUCUCCGGACUCCAUCACGAGCAGCCUUCUAGCGGAUCACCGGGUGGCCAAGCCUUGAAUGGACAAAUAAGGUUAGGACUACCUGGAGAAAUGUACGUUAGAUCCGAUCACUUGAGUCAAGUGGCAAGCUCCAGGGCUGAUCCGUUCUCCGGCUCGCCUUUGCAUGGCUACGGCGGUCUGAAUCUGAACAUGAAUCUGAGCGCGCACCACCACCACCACCACCACCACCACGGAGCCGGGGCUUUUUUCCGCUACAUGAGGCAGCCGAUAAAGCAAGAGCUGAUCUGCAAGUGGCUGGAGCCGGAGCUCUCGCCGAAGAAACUUUGCUCGAAAACUUACAGCACCAUGCACGAGCUCGUCACGCAUGUCACGGUGGAGCACGUCGGAGGACCGGAGCAAGCCAACCACAUAUGCUUUUGGGAAGAGUGUCCGAGGGAAGGCAAACCAUUUAAAGCAAAGUACAAACUUGUAAAUCACAUCCGAGUGCACACCGGGGAGAAACCGUUUCCGUGCCCGUUCCCUGGCUGUGGGAAAGUGUUCGCGAGGUCGGAGAAUCUAAAGAUCCACAAAAGGACGCACACAGGUGAGAAGCCCUUCAAAUGUGAAUUUGACGGCUGUGACAGACGCUUCGCCAACAGCAGCGACCGGAAAAAGCACUCGCACGUCCACACCAGCGACAAGCCCUACAACUGCAAAGUGCGCGGCUGCGACAAGUCCUACACGCACCCCAGCUCCCUGAGGAAACACAUGAAGGUGCACUGCAAGUCCCCCCCGCCCAGCUCGGGCUACGAGUCGUCCACCCCGUCCCUGGUCUCCCCGUCCUCGGACCUGGGCCGGGAGCCAGGCGGCGGCGGCUCCUCGGUGCUGUCGGAGCCGGUGGGGGCCUCCCAGCCCGCCAACCUGAGCGAGUGGUACGUGUGCCACAGCUCCGGUGCCAGCGGCCCCCAGACCCCGCCCAGCGGGCAGUCCACGCCGGACCCCUCCGACGAGCCGCCGUACAGGAACCCGGAGAGCAGGGACGCGUUUUAACGCAGCUU